AUGCCGCCGACGGCCCCCGACACCACUGCAGACACUUCGACGGCGGCAGCCUAUGUGGCAGCCGUGAAGGCGGCAGCUGCGGCUGCGGUAUCCACCCCUGGCAUUGGCGUCGGAAGUGGUCUCAUCGCUCUCCCCCCAGCGUCCUCUUCUACCAGUGUCUCCGCCUCUCAGUCCUCAAUCUCCCCCAAUUGCAGUGCUCCCACCGCAACCGUCCUUUCCGCCACGAAUCUCAUGAUUCGUACCUCCUCCCAUGCGGCAGUAAAUUCAUUCAGUGGACUGACCGUGCUCGCUCCUCGUCCCCCCUCCGCCUCUUGCGCCUACACCCUCACCGUGCCGACCUUCGUUCCAGAAACCGCAUCAGUGGAAGCCAGGAAAUCGGAAUGUGAGGGGGCUUUUCUCGCAUCGACCACCAGCAACCAUGAAGACGACGAGCAGAUUAGCAAGGAGGAGGGGGAGGAGGAAGAGGAGAAUAAUAACGUACUCAAAAACAGUCCCUCGCCUUCCCUACCUUCUUUGGCGAAAGUUGACCAGACUGCAGGAGAGGAUGCGAUGGUCUCGUCGGAGAACACUGGAGCCGUUCAUUCACCCAAAGCAUUUGUUUCCAGUCCGCAGUCUCCUGCCGAAGAAGCUGCCGACAUUGGCUCCCCUCCCGCCCUCCUUGUUAGUUCCUCUCCCGUCCCAACGACGGUCCCUGAAAACCCCGAAACUUCUCCACAGCGCGAGCGAGACACUCCCUCCCAUGUAGCUCCCAGUCCGGGCAGUGAGUAA